AUGUUAUCUGUCAAUGCGACAGAUGAUAGUGUCCCGGAUCGCGGCCCGGCAGUCUUUGCCGUGACCACCGCAACAUUCGUCCUAGCGAGUGUCAUGGUCGCCGCCCGUUUGUUUUGCAGGCGCUUCAUUGUCAGAAAUGUCAGUUGGGACGACAAGACCAUGUUUUUUGCAUGGCUGAUUGCUUUUGGCUUGUCAUUUACCAUUUGUUUCGGCACCCGCAAGGGUCUGGGUCGCUACGAUAAGGAUAUACCCCAGGGGCAUUGGGAUUCAUUACGAGCGUGCGAAUAUGUCUUUUCCAUACUAUAUAAUCCCGCCCUCAUGGCGACCAAAACCAGCGUCUUGAUCUUCUACCUGCGCCUUUCCAAGAACACGAAAAAAGUGCUCAGGUUUGCCUCAUGGGUCACCCUCGGUAUUGUCAACGUUGCCGGUGCUGUCCUCACACUCAUCAACAUCUUUCAGUGUCAACCCGUUCAGGCGGCUUGGGAAAUCUGGCGGGACACCUCGAGGUGUAUCCCACUUCUCACCGAAUUCAUCUGCUCCGCCCCCAUCAACAUUGUUACCGACCUGGCCAUCCUGGCCCUACCGAUCCCCGUUCUCACGGGCAUGAGAUUGCCGCCGAGGCAAAAGAUCAUUCUCGUACUCACCUUCACUCUCGGUAUCUUCGUCACCAUCGUCGAUGUCGUCCGAAUCUACUACCUUCAGCAGGCCGUGACAUCCGUGCCCACCGGCGUCUCUACAGAUCCGAACUCGCACUUUGGUGGAACGCCCGACUUCGCUUGGAACUCAUCAUUGUCCUUCAUGUGGUCGGCUGUCGAGGUCAACGUAGGAAUGGCUUGCGCUUGUAUUCCGACACUCAAACCACUCAUCAUCAAGAUCCUCCCCGCCAUGAUUAUCGAUCCUGAUGGAACGCGCUCUAGCACCAAUACCGAAAAAGAUGCGCCGGAGAGCCCCAGAAAUCGCAACGGCAGCGACGGUCUCGUUUCACCCACCAACCCGAAUCACCGCGCUUCGGUCAACCUCCAGGAACCCGCCCCGGCGACGUUCCGUGCCAGCCGAGACCUGAGCGGGGUUUCGAAUGAGUACGAGAACAGCAUGACGGCGUUGGAGUUCCUUACGACACCAGACAUGACCUUGGCCGAAUUCGAGGCAUCCGGGGCGAGCAGACUCGGAGGCGAUCCGGCAAGAGCAUCGAUGGCGACGAGCAGGGAGAACACCAUCUAUUUCGGCUUCGUCAAUAUGAGGCGGCCGAAAAGCAUGGUCAAGUGCGAUGCUCAAGAGUCGUUCCGAUAUGGUCUUGUCGUCACUAUCCUCUUCGUCAUGUGGGGCAUCUCUUACGGCCUUCUCAACACCCUCAACAACGUCAUCUCCAGCGUGUCAGAUAUGAGUGUCGCGCAGACUCUGGGUCUCACGACCGCCUACUUCGGAGGUGGCUACUUUUUCGGUCCCCUGUUGGUUGGCGAGUGGAUUCUGCGGCGAGACGAACAUCAUCGAAGACACCGCAAGAACAACAAGCGAGAUGCGGAGAGCGUAGGAGGCUUCAAGGUCACCUUCAUCGUCGGGCUUUGCUUCUACGGUGUUGGGACCAUCAUCUUCUGGCCGUCUGCCGUCACCAAGUCGUGGGGCGGUUUCCUGCUCAGCAACUUUGUCGUCGGCUUCGGCCUUUCCGUGCUCGAGACGGGAGCCAAUGCAUUCCUCAUCCUGUGCGGUCCGCCAGAAUAUGGAGAGACGCGAUUACUCCUCGCUCAGGGCGUCCAGGGCAUCGGCGCAGUUUUGAGCGGCCUGAUGGCCCAAAGGGUUUUCUUCACAAAAAUCACCAACAAGGGCGGGUCCGACUCAACAACGCUCCUCAAUGUCCAGUGGACGUACCUGGCCAUAACAUUGCUUUGUGUGGCUCUUGGCCUGUUCUUCUACUACAUGCCCCUCCCGGAACUGAACGACAACGAGCUACAGGAAUCGGCGGAUCGACUUCCUGUCAACCCCCAGAAGCGCAGCAUUGGCGGGCUGCAACUCCGCACAUGGAGUUUGAUCCUGGCAGUCCUUGCGCAGUGGACGUACGUUGCUUCCCAGGAAAGCAACAACAUCUUCUUCCGAUCCCUGCUCAUCGCCGCCCUUCCCAACCAGGAAGACUCGGGCUCGGGUGCAACGAAUGCAGACACGAACCCAGGGGAAAACAGCGACAAGCCUCCUGGUCUCACGAUAGGGGUCACAGACUUUCACCUGGUUGCCCAAAGCGUAUUCACCGUUUCAAGAUUCAUGGUCGCCUAUCUGACGUAUAUGUCGGUCCGCAAGCCGCGGAUGCCGAAACCGAGGACCUGGCUGGGUAUCAGCGUUGGCCUGUGUAUCCUGUUCGGUCUCCUCACCGUCGUCUGGCGGCCGAAAGAUCCCAAUAUGCUGAUGAUCCCCGUGAUACUCUUCUACUUUGCCGAAGGCCCCGUAUGGCCUCUCAUCUUUGCAAUCGGCCUCCGCGGCCAAGGACGACGUACCAAGCGUGCCGCAGCCUUCAUUACCAUGGGUGGCUCCGGCGCGGCCUUCUUCCCUUACGUUAUCUAUGCGAUCAUCAACGGGGGCGCUACGGUGCAGCUCUCGUUCGUCGUCAUCGUCGCACUUUCCGUUCUCACAGCCUUCUACCCCAUCUGGCUGAUGUUCGUCCGCGACGCGAAGACGAUGACAGACCCCGCGAACUCGUACAUCUCUCCAGAAGAGCGUGUCAUGGUCCAGGACGAGAUUGAUAUGAGUCGAGAAGUAAGGCGACGGCGGAGAUCACUUUUCACAAUCGGAGCCAAGGGCAAGCGAGGCAGCAUUUUCAGCAUGAUAUACAAUAUAGGCAAGGCCAAAGGCGAAAGCGUCACGCCGCCGACGGUAGAGCAUUCCGAAGAGAGGAAUACCUCUAGUAAGGCGUCUGAGGGGAGCAACGACACCCCUCGGACACAGACACUAUGA